AUGCCGAUCCCUCCUCCCCCGCCGCCGCCUCCUGGCCCACCCCCCCCACCCUCCCUCAGCCAGGCGAACACAGAACCACCCAAGCUGAGCCGAGAGGAGCAGCGGGGCCGUGGGGCGCUCCUGCAGGACAUCUGUAAAGGGACCAAGCUAAAGAAAGUAACACAAAUCAAUGACCGGAGCGCACCCAUCCUGGAGAAGCCCAAGGGCAGUGGCGGCAGCAGCUACGGCUCCAGCUCCUCUGCCAUCCAGCCAAAGGGUGGUCUCUUCCAAGGUGGAGUGCCCAAGCUCAGGCCAGUGGGAGCAAAGGACAGCUCAGGUAACAGUCCCUGGUUUGUGCAGGGGUUCCCUGGGAAGAUCCCCGGUCCGGCACACGGCUCCAAAGUCUCUUCCUACAACCGGGAGAAGCCCCUGCCUCCCACCCCGGGACAGCGACUGCCCGUCAGCAGGGACGGGCCCCCUGCCCCACCACCCAUCAAGCCCCCUCCUUCCCCAGUCAGUAUCCGAACGGGGUCGGGGGCUCAGGGCCAGUCUCUCGCUCCCCCGCCGCCUCCUUAUCGGCAACCCCCUGGUGUCCCCAACGGCCCUUCCAGCCCCAUCAACGAGUCGGCCCCGGACCUCCCGCAGAGACACAACUCCUUGCACAGGAAGGCGCCAGGCCCGUUGCGGGGUCUGGCACCACCACCACCCGCUUCAGCCUCUCCGUCUCUCCAGAGCAGCUCUCCCCCUCCCCCAGCCCGAGACCCCCCCAGCCGCGGAGCAGACCGCAGCUCCCGCCUGGUUCCCUGCCAAGCCGCUCUGUCCUUCCGGCCUUGCCAGAAUCCCUCCUUCGAGCUACAGCUGGGGAUCUGCUCUCUUAGUCUGUGUCCACCCCCACCUCCCACCAGGACACCGGCUGGGCCACCGCCGCCACCUCCACCGGUGCGGAACGGGCACCGGGACUCCAUCUCCACCGUCAGAGCAUUCCUGGAUGACUUUGAAUCCAAAUACUCCUUUCAUCCUGUUGAAGACUUCCCAGCCCCAGAGGAAUAUAAAUACUUCCAGAGAAUCUACCCCAGCAAAACAAACAGAGCUACGCGUGGGGCCCCCCCUCUGCCCCCCAUCCCCAGGUGA